AUGCAAGCCGUUCGGGUUCAUCCAAAUCAUUCAGAUCCGUCAGCACCAUUCUCCGCAGCAAACCCUGCCCCUGUGUCAGCCAUUCACAUCGACAUUGGUAUCCCUAUACCUCAGGCAGCUAGGCCAGGAGAAUUGCUUAUCCGCGUCCGAGCAACGACAGUCAUUCGAGAUGCCUUAACCUGGCCUGAGACGUACUCGAAAGAGUACACAAUUUUGGGCCACGAUUUUUCGGGGACGGUAAUGUCAGUCUAUGACGAAAGGGAAGAUUCGCCAUUCAAGCCAGGGGACGAGGUCUAUGGAAUGGCACAUGCAGAUCGUGGAGGAACUUGGGCCGAGUAUGUUGUAGUGAAGGUGAACGAAGCGUGCUUGAAACCCAAGCGCCUUACCUGGGCUGAAGCGGCCGCCGUGCCUCUAUCUGGGCUUACAGCAUAUCAGGCACUUUUCGAGAAGGCAGAAGUGCGGCCAUUGGAUUUGGCGAAUCCUGGCAAGUUAUCAUUGUCACAAGUGAAGGGCCACGAGACAGAGCAAUGCCGUCUCCUAGUGACCGGGGCAGCUGGCGGCGUAGGCACCUAUUUAGUUCAGCUUGGCAGACUUGCCGGGCUGUACGUGGUAGCCGCAACGAGUUCCAACUGCCGCAACAAAAAGUUCCUCGAAAGUCUCGGCGCGUCUGAGACAGUUGAAUACGCAGAUUUGCAAAAGAUUACCGCGACCUAUAGCAUCAUUAUCGACACUGUUGGAGGACACGUUCUGGAAUCCUGUUGGGAACUUGUAAAGGACGGCGGGAAGCUUAUUUCUAUCGACAGUGCAAGUUACAACUUUGUGGAGCUGCAUCGGAAGUCAGGUCUGAGUCAGCAGAAGACGAGUGUCAAGGCCUUGUUCUUCAUCGUCACUCCAUCGCGGGAAGGCUUGGAACAGCUUUCGAUAGCUCUAGGGUCGGGUCUGCUGACACCGUUCGUAAGCAACGAGCUGGCAUUGGCCGACGCAAGGCUGGCCUACCAGCAGUCAGUAGAGCAGUCCACUGGGCGAGGAAAGAUCGUUCUGAUUCCUUGA